AUGCAAGGGCUUUGCGAGGGGAAAGCCUUUGGUUCCUCUGAUGCAACACUUCAACGCUUCCUUCGACGCUUCCUUCGACACAUGUGCCGCACAUGUGACACGUGCCGCAGGAACUUGAUUUCUGGCGCCGGCAGCGCCACGGGAGAUGAAAAUAAGAAAAUUCAUCUGAUGGAUGGAGUGACAACCGGAAUCGACAGGGCGAAAAAGGACCGAACGCGGGAAGAAACCGAGGAAGCGGAAGAAGCGAAGGUAGCAGAAGGAGUGCGAAUACCCGAAGAACUGAGGAGAGCCGAAGAACUGCGGAGAGCAGAAGUGUGGACAGCGGAAGACGCGAAGAAGCGACGGAAAGCGAAGAUGGACUACCUGAACAUGAAGCACAGCGGCUACGGCAUCCCGAACCCCCUGGCCCAGUGUCCCCCCUCCCUGGAUCCCAUGAGGCACAACCACAUGAAUUACGCCGCAGGUGAAUCCCCAUUCACUCACGUUCCAUAA